AUGAUCUCAUCAUCAUCAUCUUCCAAUCCUUUGUUUACAUCCAAUGCUCUCAUUCUGACUCUGAAUCCGUGAGAAAGUGUUACGUAGUAGCGAGCAUUAAUAGCAUGCAUGGCUUCUAAAAGGAUUCUUCUCCUUUGUGGGGAUUUCACUGAAGACUAUGAAGCCAUGGUUCCAUUUCAGGCAUUGCAGGCCUUCGGUCUCACCGUUGACACCGUGUGUCCCGGAAGGAAAGCCGGUGAUGUCUGCCGCACCGCCAUCCAUGGAAUUCACGGCGACCAGACUUACUCUGAGAUGAUUGGUCACAAAUUUGUACUCAAUGCAACGUUUGAUGAAGUUGAUGCUUCAAGCUAUGAUGUGUUGUGGGUGCCGGGUGGCAGGUCUCCUGAGUAUCUUUCUCGUGUUCCUGGUGUUCUGGAACUGGUGACCAAGUUUGUAAGUUUAGGAAAACUAAUUGCUAGCACUUGUCAUGGACCUUUGAUUCUGGCAGCUUCUGGAGUGCUUAAAGGUCGCAAAUGCACGGGUUUUCCUUCUCUUAAACCAGUGUUGGUUGAUGCUGGAGCUGAUUGGGUUGAUCCUGACACCAUGACAACAACAGUGGAGGAUGGUGGAUUCAUUACUUCAACUACUUAUGAAGGGCAACCGGAGAUUAUUAGCCUUCUUGUGAAGGCAUUAGGAGGCAAAAUAAGUGGCACCAAAAAGAAAAUUCUCUUUAUUUGUGGGGAUUUCGUGGAAGAUUUCCAGGCCAAGGUUCCUUUUCAGUCCCUUCAGUCUUUAGGAUGCCAUGUCGAUGCAAUUUGCCCCUCAAAGUUUGCUGGUGACUUUUGUCCAACUGCUGUUCAUGAUUUUGAAGGAGAUCAAACUUACAGUGAGAAGCAUGGGCAUCAUUUUGAUUUAACAGUAGCCUUUGAUGAUGUGGAUCCUUCAGACUAUGAUGCUCUUGUCAUCCCUGGAGGUCGAUCACCUGAGUAUUUGUCAUUGAUGGAUCCAGUCCUUGACUUGGUGAGGCAUUUCUUUUUAAACAAUAAGCCAGUGGGGUCUAUCGGUCAUGGCCAACAGAUUUUAGCUGCUGCUGGUGUUCUAAAGGGAAGGAAAUGUACUGCUUAUCCCGAUGUGAAGCUUCAUGUGGUUCUGUCAGGAGCAACAUGGCUGGAGCCUGACCCCAUAAGCCGUUGCUUCACUGAUGGAAAUCUAGUUACUGGAGCUGCAUGGCAAGGGCUCCCUGAGUUCAUUGCUCAGCUGAUGGCACUACUUGGUAUUCGAGUAUCUUUCUAGAUGCACUUUGUGCUGUAAUAAAUUAUCAAUGAAUAAAAAUUGGUGGUUACCAUAUGCAUUUUGUAUCAAAUAUUAU